AUGCGUAACCGGGUUGCGGUGCAUGGUGACCAUAUGCGGGGUAACCAGGCUGUGGUGCAUGGUGACCCGGUGCAGCGUAACCGGGCUGUGGUGGGUACUGUUGCGGCGGCGGGUAACCUUGCUGUGGUGGAUAACCUUGCUGUGGUGGAUAACCUUGCUGUGGAGGAUAACCUUGCUGUGGUGGGUAACCUUGUUGUGGUGGGUAACCUUGUUGUGGUGGAUAACCUUGCUGAGGCGGGUAACCUUGCUGAGGUGGAUAUCCCGGUUGCUGCUGAUAUCCGUGCGGCGGUUGUCCUCCUCCAGGGUGCAUUUCUAAGACGUGAAUGCUUGCGUGGAAGAUCUCGAGUGAACGAAAUGUUGUACGUACGUCAAAAAGACGGCUGA